AUGACUCAACCCUACACCGGUCCUCCCUCUCGCAUCUCCCUCCACGUAAUAUUCCACAUCGACCCCUCCAACAUAUCCGCCUUCUUGAAAGCCCUCAAGCCGGCCUACGACGCCGUGACUGCAGAGCCCGAGUGUGUCUUCUUCGAGGUCUACCAAUCGCCCGAUACACCUGGCAGGAUCAAGUUCGUCGAAAACUGGAACGCGAGUGUGGAGUGGUUAAUGAAUGUGCAGAUUCCGAAAGAGUACUACAAAGAGUAUCAGACAACUACGAAGCCGAUGUGGUUGAAGCCUGUUGAGUUCGAGGUAUUUCAGAGAAUGCCGGAGAACGAGUGGGUCACUGUGAAGGAUGCGAUGUUGAAGUGA